ACACAUUAUAGUGUGACACCGUCUAACAACGUGACCUUCCACAUACAUUUGACGAGCACUCUGCGACAUGUGAACACAACUUCGGGGAUAUUUCGGACAAUUAACAAGAUGCAGAUGUUACUUAUAACAUUUUCAUGACAGCAGAAAACGGAGAGAACCGGGUUGAUAACACCUUUGGUUCCGUUUAAAUUCUUCAAGACGUAGCUACAGUCUAUAUUUCAUAGUUUUAGUAUUUUCAGCUGCAGCUUGAAAUAAUUUAUCGCAAUGUUACGGUGCUUCACUACCCAGGGCUUUUAUGAACUCUGGAAAUGCAGUCAUAUUGUGGCGUCCUGUGUUACCAAGAGGAAAGCCAUAAGUUUUCUCCCAGUCAGCAGCGCCUGUCAUCACCGACUAUCCAUCCAUGCUCGCCACUUCAAUACCGGAAGCCCAGUGUGGAAAGAUGCCCUCCAGCCAAAAGGAGAUAAAUCCGAGGAAAUACAGACAAUAGAUCUGGAAAAAUGGAAAUCUGUAAUGAGAUCCCAAACGGCAUCAGAAGAGAAAGUCAAUGAUGAAGAAGAAGCAAGUGAUGAUGAAAACCUCAAAGAACCAGGAGGUGUUGUAAAUGACAGUUCUUUACUGGAGGUAACUCGGGAUCUGGUUGCAAUGUGGCGGCAAGCUGGGAAGCUUGUACCUCAAGAGAUGACUGAUGAAGAGGUUCAGAUGCUGGCAAAGCUCACCACCAAGUCCUCCAGGAAGAAGUACCUGAAGUACCUGGCCAUCACGGAGGGCCAUAAAAGGGCCCGUAAGGAGAAGCAGCAGCAGAGGAAGGCAGACAGGGAAGCUUCAAUGGAGCAGAAAAGAGAACAGGACAGCGAUGCAGAGGAAGGGGAUGAUCAGAGAGGACAGGGGCUUAAAAACACAUUCCUCCUCCAGUUCUGGAGCCGCUCCCUGGACAAGCUGCUGGCCUGGAGGAGCGCCCAGGCCAUGCAGUUCGGUCAGCCGCUGGUAUUUGACAUGAGCUAUGAGUCCAACAUGACCAGACGGGAGGUAGAGAACACAGUGUCCCAGCUGAUGGAGGUGGAAGGGUGGAACCGGCGUGCCACCGAGCCCUACCACCUCCACUUCUGCAACCUGCAGCCAGACGGGGCCUACAAGCAGGAGCUGCUCAAACGAUACGGCGCACAGGCCUGGGAUCGCCUGCUCGUCACCAGCACUGACCGCCAGCAUGUCGAUCUGUUCCCCCGUGAACGGCUCGUAUACCUCACGGCAGACUCCCCCAAUGUUCUCCACACGUUUGACCACAACAAGGUGUACAUCAUUGGAGCUCUAGUGGACCGGUCGAUCCAGUCAGGCUUGUCGUUGGCCAAUUCCAAGCGUCUGAAGCUGGCCACAGCCCGCUUACCGCUGGAUGAGUUCCUCCACUGGGAGAUGGGAGCCAAAAAUCUGACUCUGGACCAGAUGAUCCGCAUCAUGCUCACACUCAAGGAGACGGGGAAAUGGGAGGAGGCGUUUAAGUUCGUGCCUAAGAGGAAGCAUGAUGGCUUCCACCAACAACAGACACAGAAAGAGAUUACCAAUAACAGAGUCAGGGGAGUCACAAAUCACGCACCAAGAGAGGACGGUGACAGGUGCUUAAGAUCUGGUGAAAGGACACUUAAAAAUGAGAGCCAAAGUCUUUACAGGUCCCAUAAACAGUCUGGGUUCACUGGUAGAGACAGAGUGGCUGGACUGGCCAGUGACAGAGAAAACAAACCAGCUUCAACCAGAGUACGGACAUCAUUUCAGAGCAAGAUGGAGGGAAGAAAAGGUGCAGGCAAAAGCAAGACGUGGUGGGAUUUCGAGUGAAAAACUGUAACUUAAUGAGGACAUGUCUGUUUACAAGCACUGUCUGAGGGAAUGUCAAAAACAGGACAAGUGGUAAAUAAAAUGUAAUAGAUUGUCA